GUCUUUCCUCGCAGGAAGUGCUCUGUGGAUGACGUCAAAUGCCACGGGGAAUCGGACUAUUUUCUUCCGGAGUGUAUCAUUAACAUUUUCGAGCUGAUCACUGUAGAUUAUAUUUAUUUAAUAUAUAACACGGUAUAAAUAUCAAAUAUAGUAUACCAUUUUGCUAUCGUAACCCUGGAAUUGCUUGGUAUAAUAUUUUAACAGCACUUGUUUCCCUCCGCGUUAGGCGUUGUUGGUUCGGAAGCCAUAUUGUUCGUAAACGAUGAGCAUAUCACCUGAUGAAAAGAAAAAAUUCGGCCUGUAAUUGAACAAAAGCAUUGAGUGAAACAUUGACUGAUGCCCAGUCUAACUGUUGAUGUGUAGAUUUGCAGACUGCCAGGCAUACUUUUAUUUCUGAAGAGACGAAAAUGAUUCGUUCAUUGACUAUGACAACCCCCAAGAGACUUCGGGAUCUCAUAAGAGAAAUCCGUUCAGCCAGAACGGCCGCAGAUGAGAGGGCAGUAGUACAGAAGGAAUGUGCGUCCAUCCGUGACUCCUUUAGGGAACAAGACAAUACUUACAAGUGUCGAAAUUUAGCCAAGUUACUGUAUAUUCAUAUGCUGGGAUAUCCUGCUCACUUUGGUCAGUUGGAAUGUAUGAAAUUGAUAGCCUCUGCCAAGUUCACAGACAAGAGGAUAGGUUAUUUGGGUGCCAUGUUGUUACUGGAUGAGAGACAAGAUGUCCAUCUGUUGGUCACCAAUUCACUCAAAAAUGACUUGAACCAUCAGACCCAGUAUAUUCAAAGUCUGGCUUUGUGCACUCUUGGCACAAUUUGCUCAGUGGAGAUGAGUAGAGAUUUGGCUGGAGAGAUUGAGAAAAUGAUCAAGUCAUCAAAUGCUUACAUCAAGAAAAAGGCUAUUCUGUGUGCAUUUUGCAUAAUCCGUAAAGUGCCAGAUUUGAUGGAGAUGUUCAUUCCGGCCACUCGCUCCUUACUAAACGAGAAGAAUCAUGGGGUGCUGCUGACAGCUGUGUGCCUGAUUACAGAAAUGUGUGAGAAAAGUCCGGACACCCUGCAUCACUUCAGAAAGGUGGUACCUAUGCUUGUACGCGUCCUCAGAAAUCUGAUCAUGGCCGGUUAUUCUCCUGAACAUGAUGUGUUUGGUGUCAGUAAUCCCUUUUUGCAGGUGAAGAUUCUUCGAUUGUUGCGAAUUCUAGGGAAGAAUGAUACUGAUGCCAGCGAGACAAUGAAUGAUAUUUUAGCACAGGUUGCCACCAAUACAGAUACAAGUAAAAAUGUUGGCCAUGCUAUUCUCUAUGAAAUUGUUCUGACUAUCAUGGGGAUCAAAUCAGAAGCGGGGCUCAGGGUUCUAGCUGUCAAUAUUCUUGGAAGAUUUCUUUUGAAUAAUGACAAGAAUAUCAGAUAUGUGGCAUUGAACACUCUGCUGAGGGUUGUCCACGCAGACUACAAUGCUGUCCAAAGACAUAGAACAACAAUAAUGGAUUGUCUUAAGGACCCAGAUAUUUCAAUAAGAAGGCGUGCAAUGGAACUCUCAUUUGCCCUUAUCAAUUCUGGAAAUAUACGUGGAAUGAUGAAGGAAUUACUACAGUUUCUGGAGACUUGUGAUCCGGAGUUCAAAGCAGACACAUGUUCCAACAUUGUUCAGGCCGCAGAAAAAUACUCACCAAACAAAAGAUGGCAUAUUGAUACUGUCAUGAAGGUGCUACGUCUGGCUGGUUCUUAUGUCAGGGAUGAUAUAGUGUCUAUAUUAAUUCAAUUGAUUGCUGAGACUUCAGAACUGCACAACUACACAGUACAACAACUGUUUCUGUUGAUCAAAGACGACAUUACUCAGCCACCUCUGGUCCAGGUGGCGCUGUGGUGUAUGGGAGAGUAUGGAGAGAAACUGAUCUCAGGUGUUUGUGAAGAGGAUGAGCCUGUUGAAGUAUCAGAGGAUGAGGUAAUUCAUGUGAUAGAGAAAGUCCUAACCCAGAACUAUUCCACUGAGGUCAGUCGAGAAUAUGCACUCACUUGUUUAAUGAAGCUGAGUUCCCGCUUCAGGACAUCCGUGGGAAAAGUCAAGGCUGUGAUAGAUGCGUAUGGUGGUUCCACACAUGUAGAACUGCAGCAGAGAUCUGUUGAGUACUCCAAUAUUUUCUCCAAAUAUGAAAAUCUUAGAUCAGCUUUAUUAGAGCCAAUGCCAUUAAUAGAGGGUAGUAGAAGCAAAAAUGUUUUAGCUGAUAGUGACAGUUCGUCUGAUUUACUUAAUCAAGCAAGUAUUCCUAACGGAGAGACCGUCAGCGUAGAUAAAGCCAAAAAAUCACAUAAUACAGAAAGCCAGAAUAUAUUAGAUUUAUUAGAUGUAGGCACCCCAUCUGUUACUUCUUCAAAUCCAGCCCCAACACCUGCAGGUGGUGCGGAUGAUCUGCUGGAUCUUCUAGGGGAUGUGGCCUCCAUAUCAAAUCCAGCUCCACCCAUGAAGCAGACAACUUCUCCAAACUUACUGGACGAUUUAAUGGGGGGAGACCCAGUGAAUAACAGCCAAAUGAAUGGCAAUGAUGGUCCCCAGAAGGUAACAGCGUAUAAUAAGAAUGGUCUAAUGGUGGAAUUAACCUGUGAGCGUGACAACAGUCAGGGAAAUGUGACUGUUAUCAAUGUCAAGUCCUCCAAUUCUACUGCCACUACGAUGUCAGAAUUUGUAUUCCAAGCCGCUGUUCCUAAGUCAUUCCAACUUCAACUGCAGUCGCCGUCAGGAAGCACACUUCCACCAAUGAAUGAUGGGGCAGUUACUCAAGUCAUCAAAGUCAACAAUCCUCAGAAACAACCGAUAAGACUAAGGAUUAAAGUGAGCUAUACACAGAAUGGGAAUAGUGUCACAGACAUUGGUGAAGUGAAUUCAUUUCCAUCAACAUUAUGGCAGUGAUGCUAAUUGACAUCUACAGUGGUUAAGGAUUUUCUACAGGGAACAAGGACACAUCUUUAAAUACAGCUCUACACACAGCUGGCCUCCAACAAUGGACAAAUAACCUUCAAUGCCCAAGAAUGGGUAUUUCAAAGCAGACAUUGUCUAAAUUUUGAUCAUACAGACUACAAUUUAAUAUGAUAAAGUUGUAGUUGAUAUGGAGUGCAAUACUAGGCAGUGCUCUUCUGAAUUAGAACAGUUAAAAUAUGUGUCUUUGGAGUUCUCCCAAGCUGUGUGGAGGAAGAAUAUCUUGUUCCAAGGCCCAAGGCCAAGUGCUCUUUCUGCAAAGUUGAUCUGUACUUUGGAAGAGGGGGGAGAUCCUGAAUAUACUGUGCUGUGAGAUAGAAGUAUAUCGUAAAAUAAAUAUUGCUAUUUAUUUACCAUGUUAUCAUUCCAAUGAAAUAAUGUGAUUGUUAUUCAUUUCUUAUUAUUUUUGCUAUAAAGAGUGUAAAUUGACAAAUCAUGAUUGAACAUGGAUACAGGUGCAAGUUGUGUGUUUUAUAGCUUAGACUGUUGCUCUGGACCGAGUGUGCUUGAAACUAUUGUUUGUGAUAUCAUUAGCGGCACCCCCAGGUUGCAUGAAUUUCUACCUUACAAAGGGAAUAUAUAUGUAACUCACCUUUAUUUCUUGUACAAGAUUUGAGUCAAAAUUAAGUAGUGUAUAUUUACUACUAGUAUGUAAGCUACUUUAAACCUGAACAAAGUGCUCAAAUGGCAUUUAUCUUAAUGUAUUUCUGUCACGGGAUUAGUACUAUAGAAGUUCCCCCUUCAUCAGCUAUAAUGAAGUACAAUGGCAUAAUAAGGUUACAAAAUGUAGAUGUGUAGUUAGUAGGAUGUUAAGCAGGCCUAAGAAAUAUAUCAGAUAAACAGCUAUUCAUUUACUAAUGACUAUUACAUUACAAAGAUUAACAGAUUUCUUUGUAAUGUAAAAUGAAAGAUAUUAAAAAAAACCCUGUUUCUUGAGUAAAGAUUAACCAGAGUAUGAAAUUCCAAAAUGGCGCUGGGCGUAGGAAAUGGGAGUCGAGCACAAGUUGUAGCUAAUGAAUGCAGUAGUUUAGAUCGUACAGUGAACACUACACCUAGUCAAGAAGCUCAGUUCUUCCAUUGAUUAGAUUUUAAUUAUUUGAAUAGAAUAACAGCUGUUUGUAAGAUAGAUAAGUCCCUCUAUUGUCAGAAAAUGCCAUAUAUGCUGCAGAUGGGAAGUUAUUAUUGAUUAAGUAGGUAAGAUGGAACAUGUUUGCAUGUGAAAUAAAAGCUGAAUUUCAUUUCAAAUAUCAGACAUACUAAAAAGUUACAUAUGACAUGCAACUUGCACAUUUCUGAGCACAUAAUGUAUCAUUCAGUGGUAUUUAUGUUGCUAGCAUAGGCAGUUAGGUGUCGAGUUUUCACAAUGGGCUGCUUUCAAAUAUGCACUAUUGCUCUAGUCUGUAUUGAACAUUUAUCAUGAACAAACUUGUUCUGUUCAUUGCAAGAAUACAUGUAUUCUGUUGUGUAUGAAAGCACAGUAUGUAAAGAUGUAUGUGAAAGAAAGUGUUCUCUUCCAAAGGGAGGUUGUGGUUAGUUGAGAUCUCCUGUUUCAAGACGUGUCAAAUUUCUGUUAAACAAUUCUGUAUCUAAGGUCAAGAUCUAAUGAACUGAAAGUGGCCUAAAAAUAUAUCAAAUUCUAGUUAUUUAUGUCAAGGAGGGUCAUCAAACAUAGAGUUUUAUGUUGUGUUUCUGGGAACAAAAAGAAUGUAUUGGAAUUAUUUUUAAUUGUUGAACAAUAAAAUAUGUAUACAAGUAGAUUGCCUACAGGUUUGAUAUAUGUUACUGCUAUAAAACAGCAUUUUCUAUUCAAAAGUUUUGGUAUUUUCACACAAUUUUGAAUUGUAUGCCAACAAAAUAUUUUAUUUUUAUGUAAUUCAGUUAAUUUCAUAAUGGAUGGACAAAUUACUUAUGACAUCAUGAUGAAAUAAGCCCUUACUAGAUGUUAACCUGAAACUUGACACAUUUCCCCUAGAAAUCGUAAAUUUGAAAAAAGCCAUAUAGUUCUUUUUGAUCUGGACACUAAUAUGCUAUGAUAACUAUAUUUAUGCUAUAUUAUAAAGAAAAUUAUCCAUCUUUCCGUCCGCUCUGCAUCUUUUUAGAAAUACAUAUCUCUGCAAUAAUAUACAUGUAUUCAGAUAACAAUCCUAUCAUCCUGUCUUGUGGUUGAUGAUAUCAGACACUCCUAUCAUCUUGUCUUGUGGUUGAUGAUAUCAGACACUCCUAUCAUCCUGUCUUGUGGUUGAUGAUAUCAGACACCCCUAUCAUCCUGUCUUGGGGUUGAUGAUAUCAGACACUUAUUAACCUCUCGGGAGUAGUAAGAAUGUUUUUGUAUGUGGUUCAGUUACGUAUUCCCUGGUGAAGUGGAACUGUGCGUGUAUUGUAAUGAAUUCGGAACAAGUUUCUUGUGAACUCCAUAUGAUUAAUCCUGCAGGCUUUUAGAGUUCAUCUCAACCUGAUCAAGUGGUAUUACUUUGUAUUUCAUUGUAACUCUUCAAAGUAAUAAAUCAUACAAAUGUG